GGCAGUAGGAACAAGAUGGUGAUAACCAGUCGAUCGCAUAAACUCAGAAAUAGCCAGAAACAUUUUUCCAACAUAACUCGCAGCAUUUAAGACGAAAAAUCGAACGGUUCGCAGGAGCCCAUCACGAAAACUGACUGACGGCGAGUGAUCAGACGCGUUAUCGCCGAGAAUGAGGUUUUACUUAGAUAAAAAUAAGAUUGUGUGUCAAUGAUGUGCGGAUAAAGUGCAAUUAAAUUCGAUUUGAAUAAUCGCGAAACCAUGUCGGCACCAGCUACAGGUAGACCUGGAUCAGCAUCCGGGUCUACUAACGCAGUUUCGUCCAAGCCCAUCGAGGUUCCCCAGGCUUUGCAAAACGGGGAGAAAUUUAUUAAAUGGGAUGAGGAUUCUGGUGUUGGUACUCCGGUAACAUUGAGAGUGGAUCCGCAUGGAUUUUAUCUUUAUUGGGUCGAUCAAAAUCACGAAAUGGAUCUAUUGGACAUUGCCAUUAUUCGCGACACCAGGACAGGUCGAUAUGCUAAAAUACCAAAAGAUCCGAAAUUAAGGCAGAUAGUGACGAUGGGUUCGCAAGAUACGCUCGAAGAAAAGACGGUUACUGUCUGUUGUGCCAACGAUUUCGUUAAUUUAACUUUCAUAAAUUUUUGUUGUACGAAAAGGGACAUCGCUAGGCUAUGGACGGACUCUCUCAUAAGUUUAGCUUAUAAUUUGAACCAAAUUAACGGCACCGCUAUAAUGUACUUAUUCAAAGCUUAUACGAAAUUACAUUUAAUCAAGGAUAAAACGGGAAGUAUACCUACAAAAAACGUAAUAAAAAUGUUCACCCAAAACAAAGAUGAUAAAAAGCGGGUGGAAUCGGUAUUGCAGCUCAUGGGGUAUCAGACCGGUAAAAAUGACACUAUUAAACCGGACAAAUUUGAAUUCGAACAUUUUAUCAAUUUUUACAUCAAAUUAACCAGACGACCAGAAGUGGAGAAAGUCUUCAAUGAUAUGGUGGGUUCCAAGAAAUUAAUGUCAUCCAAUCAAUUCGUUAAUUUUUUGAACCAGAAGCAAAGGGAUCCGCGAUUGAACGAAAUUUUGCAUCCCUAUGCAGAUGCGGAUAAAGCUAAAGACGUGAUAAGCUCAUACGAACCAAAUAAAUACAACGCUCAAAGAGGCGUGUUUUCAUUUGAAGGAUUUCUCAGGUAUCUCUUGUCUGAGGAUAACAACAUAAUGGCCCCUUCGAAAUACGAUCUCAGUCACGACAUGGAUCAACCUCUCGCUCAUUAUUUUAUAAAUUCAUCGCACAAUACUUAUCUGACGGGUCACCAACUCACAGGGAGGUCUAGCGCAGAAAUGUACCGACAAUGUUUAUUGGCCGGCUGUAGGUGUGUGGAAUUGGAUUUUUGGAACGGUCGAACAGACGAGCCCGUCAUUGUGCAUGGAUAUACUUUCGUACCUGAAAUUUCCGCUAAAGAGGUGUUAGAAGCAAUCGCUGAAAGCGCCUUCAAAACAUCCGAUUUCCCCGUGGUGCUAUCCUUCGAAAACCAUUGCAAUCCUAGGCAACAAGCUAAAAUAGCCAAUUACUGUAGGGAGAUAUUCGGUGAGAUGUUACUAGAAACCCCAUUAGAAUCUUAUAAAUUGGAACCAGGAAAUCCAUUACCUCCCCCUUCCGUUUUAAAACGAAAGAUAAUAAUUAAAAACAAGAAGAAACAUCACCAUCAUCAUCACAAACGCACAGUAACGCCAUUACCUGAAACACAAGCAGCAGAAAUCGUUGAAAUUGCUGAACUCUCAGAAAGUACUGAGGACGCAGAAAAUGCUGGGGAUGCACAAAACGCUGUAAACUCUAACGAUCCCGAUAUCAAAGAAAAUAACGAAAAUAACGUUGAAAACGCUAAUAACACAGACAGUUGUGAAAACACCACUAAUGCAAAUCACGAUAGCGAGCCUAAACAUGCACCGCCGUUCUCACAAACCAGACAGGGUUCCAAAGAAUCUACUGGUACCGAAGACGAGGAUUCUUCGAGCGAAGAAGACAAUGCUGAAGUACCAGUAGAGAGCGUAGAAGGUGGUAAAGCUGCAGCUACUGAAACUGAAGCUGGCGCUGAAAUAUCAGCCUUGGUCAAUUACGUACAGCCGGUACAUUUUUCUAGUUUCGAAAACGCUAAAAAGAAAAAUCGCAGCUACGAAAUGUCCUCGUUCGACGAAAAGCAGGCGACUUCUCUGCUGAAAGAGUACCCCAUUCAAUUCGUUAACUACAAUAAACACCAAUUAAGCAGGGUCUAUCCCGCCGGUACGCGCUUCGACUCUUCCAAUUUCAUGCCUCAAGUCUUCUGGAACGCCGGUUGCCAGUUAGUAGCGUUAAAUUACCAAACGCUGGAUUUGGCUAUGCAAUUGAAUCUAGGAAUUUUCGAAUACAAUUUCAGAUGCGGCUAUUUGUUGAAACCGGAUUUCAUGAGGCGCGCCGAUAGAAGGUUUUAUCCUUUCGCCGAGAGUACUGUGGAUGGUAUCAUAGCUGGUACUGUAAAAAUAACUGUGAUAUCUGGACAAUUUUUGACUGAUAAGAGAGUAGGGACUUACGUCGAAGUGGAAAUGUACGGUUUACCAGCGGAUACAGUGCGGAAAAGGUUCAGAACUAAAGUCAUAGCUAAUAACGGGAUCAACCCUGUGUACGAUGAGGAGCCAUUCGUAUUCAAAAAGGUUGUUUUGCCGGAGUUAGCAUCAAUUCGAAUAGUAGCCUACGAAGAAUCCGGAAAAUUCAUCGGACAUCGAAUCCUCCCCGUGGUAGGUCUGUGCCCGGGCUACCGCCACGUCAAUUUGCGCACCGAAAUAGGACAGCCCUUGCCCUUGGCCACGCUGUUUUUGGAAGUAGUCGUCAAAGACUACGUUCCCGACGGGUUGUCGGACUUCGCCGAAGCCUUAGCGAAUCCCAUAAAGUACCAGAGCGAUUUGGAAAAGCGAACGCAACAACUGGCCGUGUUCACCGACGACCUGGAGCCGUCGUCGGAGGGCUCCUCCGACGAGCAGAAGAAGAGCAACACAUUGACCAGAUCGAGCAAGGAGGUGACCACCAACGGCAGUCCCGUUCAAAGGCUGUCCAUAACCGCGGGGAACGUUUCCGUGGAUUCGGUGACGGACAGCGAGGUGCCGAUCAUUCCGGUGGCCAUAUCGACGGCGACAGCCGCUCCCGUCGAGAACAAUUCAGUGGCGAAGACGCCGGAAGUCAAGGAGGUGAGAUUGGAGGAAUUGAUAGCCGAGCCCAUUGAGAAGAUAUUGGAGAAUAAAUUGGUGAAGGAGAAGAAACAGGAGUUGGACAAGAAGCUGGAGACUUUGAGGCGAAAGCACGAGAAGAAAAAAAUGUCCCUAAAUACUCAGCGGUCUAGUGACUUUUCCGAGAAGAAGUCCAAAUUAGCCAAUAUGAAGUUAGUUAAGAGAUUGUCCAGCAAAAACAUAACGGAUACCGAGAAUGUCAAUACUGACCGUCACCCCAGUGUAUGGCGACUAUGCCCAAAUUGUGUCAGUGCCGUUUUCUACACGGAGUCUUCGAGCACAGAGCCUCUCACAAGCGUCACCGAUGGCGCAGAAACCAGCGGGAUCGAAACAGAGAGGCCCUCUCUGCCUAGAAGCCACUCGGAGCGGCUGUUAGCAAUGAACAAGGAAUUCGUUACACAGGAAAAAGAACUUCGUGAGAAAUACCACGAGGUCAUAUACAGUCUAGCGGAGAAACUGAUGCGGACGUCACAGUUGAAUCAGAUUAAAACGUUAAAGGAACAACAAGAAAAGGAGACCAACGAACUCAUGAAGAAGCUCCAAACUGACCACAGGGAGGAGGUGAAAGCUUUGAAGGAAAAACACCGGAAUCGCGAGCAAUUUACCAGGGUCAAACGAGAAGCGGUUACAGCAGUGGUGGAAAGAGGAGUUUCUGAAAGGGAGAAACUGUCCCAACUCUACGAGAAUAGAAAGGAAGACUUGCAAAGACAACAUGAGCACGUCAAGGAUUUGCUCUUAGAACAAAGGGAUAAGGAAAAAGCUGCGUUAUGCAAAGAAUUCGAAAUGCGCCUAUCGAAUACAGAAGGGGAAUCCAGCACAGUCCCGUAAAUUCGAUUCCGAACUAAUUAAAAUUGGUUCAUUUUGUUGGUGCUCUGCAUGUCGUUUCGAUUACGGAGACACGUCUUUGGAAUUUGAUCGAUUUUUCGCUGACGAGAUAGUGUAAUAUUCUGAUCGAAUGAUUAAAAAAAUUUGUAUAUGUAAUGUCAAACGAAAACGUCGCAGUUUUUGGUAAAUCUUGACAAUCAACUAUCUGUUUCGUCUGAUUUGGUAUUAACAAACUUAACAUUGUUAAGUGCAUAGUUUACACAGAGCGAAGAUGAACUUGACAGUUUGCCAGUCUUAGGCAAAAACUAUAAGUUUUGGAACAAUAAAUAAAUUCAUUCCUUUCUUUGCGAUUAUUUGAUAUUUUAACAAUUAGUUAAUCUAGUAAUUGUAAAAUCAAACACCAAGUCCAUAUAAUUGCAAACUCGCUGUAAACCAUCUUCAGCCUUAAGUUAGAUGGUUCAGGAAGCUUAUGUGUGAUUAAAAGAGCUUGGUGUAAAACAGUAGAGUAAACUUUUUACAAUCUGAUAAUUGUAUGAUGCAAAAAUCCAGAAUUUAUUUGUUUAAAAUUUAAAAAUAAAAAUAUUUAAUUUUUAAUCGCGGCCUAAACUUAUUGUUAGUUUAAUUGAAAAUGAUAUUAGGUUUUUUUCUGAACUUAUAGUUUCACUAUCAACUUUGAAUUGAACAUGACGCUUAUUUUCGACAACUAUCGAACAUUGUUCUGGUUUCGAUUAAUAUAAAAAAAUGACAAUUGACAAUCGAGUCAACUUCACUCCAAACUCUAGUCUACAUUUUGAUGUUUGUUGUUAAUUGUGAUAGUAGAGUUUAGAUAAUUUAGAAAAGGAACAAGUGAUAAAACGCUUAAAUUCAAACUAUAUACUAAAAUAGUUGAAAUACUUGUGCCAGUCGUUGAUAUGAGUAUAUUUUUACAAAUGCUUCGCUUUUCAACCAAAUACCUUUUUAUUGACAGUAUUGGGAAAGAGGAUGUUUUGAAACACUUUGUUAGUUCCUGUUUUUUAUAUAAAAUAUAUUUUUUUGUCUUGUUUGUCCACACGUGUGACCGCUCUGGUUUAGUCUUCCACUUUUUAGAUUUUUUGCUUCAUUUCAAGCAUAAGCAGAGAAGCAUAUAAGCAGAGAUUCUUUUAAAAAAUUGGAAAUACUUUGGGAAGUAUAUUACAGUAGACGUUCAUAGUAUUAUUUUAUACAGGGUGGCCCAAACUCACGCCCCACCGAGAAAUGCCUUUUGGAACCGACAAUGGAGAUGCCAAAACUGCAGCCGAAAACAUGAAAAAGUUUUUCCGUUUGUAAAAUAAGAGGUUUAAAUUCGACCAAUCAAAAAUGGAUCAUUCGAUUCGAACCACUUUUGAAGCAAUAAAAAAUUCUA